AUGACUUUGGCUUAUUCUAAGGAUGGUUUAAAUCCUAUGUCUUUUGGUGAUUCAAAUCUAAAUCCAAUGAUGGAAAGAUUGAGAUAUCAAAGGGCUUCGGGAAGGUUUUGUGAUGCUUGUAUUUUUGUGAAGGAUAGAAUGUUCAGUGCCCAUCGGUCAAUACUUGCUUCUCAUAGCCCGUAUUUUGAUUCUAUUGUUGUAAACUGUCAAGAACCUUUGGUAUUUGAACGGAUUCUUAAUUAUAUGUAUAGUGGAACAGUGCAAAUAGACAGAGACGUUGUUGUUGAAAUGUUAAAGUUGGCUAAUAAUUUAUUGAUGCUUAGACUUAAAAAUCUCUGUGCUGAUUAUCUCAUGCGGUAUAUUGAUGUAUCUAAUUGUUUAUGUGUUAGAGAUCUGGCGACUCGUUACAAUUUACCGCGUUUACAUACUCGAGCUUCUGAAUUUUUUGAUAGCAAUAUAAGUGGAUGUUUGUUAGAGAAUACAGAUUUACUUGAAUAUGAAGCUUCACAACUUCUUUCACUUUUGGAAGAAGCUCAGCAUAUAAAUAAUGUUCCUCCAGAUAUUUAUUUAAGUUUAAUUGUUCGUUGGGUUGGAUAUAAACUUUCUGAGCGAGAACAGCUUUUUCCCUUUUUACUUGGAAGAUGCAAUAUUCAGCAAAUAUUGCCUGCAAAGCUUGAACGUCUUUUGGAUUUUAAUCCUUUUUUCAAUCAAUCAGAAAUUUCACUUCAUGCUAUUUUGCAAGAAAUGUAUUCAAUUAAUUUCUUUAUUUUAAUAUAUUUAAUUUUCCAAAGGCAUAAUCAAGGUAUUCAAAUGCCUAAAUAUGAAUUGCGGUAUAGAAAUCUUGUACAACGUAUUUGUGGAGACAAAAAUUCAGAUGUAACUCAACGACGCCGAAGUUGUUCAGUAACUGGGUUGGGAGGUGGAAACAUUACUGGUAGUCAACAUUAUGUAAAUUCAUCUUUGGAUAUAAAACGUUCACAUGUUGGUAUUGAUGAAGAUGAAGUUGAUCCCGAAUUUGUGUCAGAGAUUGGACAAUUUUCAACACAACAUUGCACAAACUUUCAAUCAAAUCUUCAACGUCCAUGUGAAUCUGAAACUGCAGUUUCCAAUAGCAAUUCAGCAAUGCGACAAUGCCCUUCUGGUUCUCUUAAAUUAAAAAUACAUUUGCCUGUGAAACAAAAACAAUUUCUCGAUAAAUCAAUGAAUCGAUUAAAAUUAUAUCGAAAAUCAAUUGCUUCUGCUACUGGGAAAGCAUUUCGACGAAGAGGAAGACCACCAAAGCUACGACCACCUCGGCCUCUCACUGAUUUUACAGGUGUUGAUGAGGAGCCUAAUUCGAUUUUUUUUGAAUUUGCUGAAGAAACAGAAGGAUCAAUUCCAGCUGUUGUUUUUGAUGAGGAAGAAGAUGAAUUUGACCCUGAAAGAGUUGAAUUUUUUGAGGCACAGGAUGAGCAACAGAUUCGCCAAAAUUUAUUUACUAGUGGAAAACAAAAAAGUUUAGAGAAAAAUCCAUUAAAUAAUGAAAUUGAAAGAGAGUUUUCAAAUAAAGCUUUAUCAAUGCAAUGCCCACAUUGUUCUUUUUCUACUCACCAUGGAAUUGUCCAUUUACGCAAGCAUGUAAUUGCAACACAUUCAAAAAAUGUUCUCUACGUUUGUAAUAAAUGUGAUUCGUGUACUUAUUCUGUUGAUAGACUUCCUGUUUUGCUUACUCAUCGUUUAAUUCAUACAAAUGAAAAACCUCUUAAAUGUCCUGAUUGUUCUUUUCGAUGUCGUAACAAAUCUAACAUGAUUGUCCAUUAUCGUUUACAUUCUGGAGAGAAACCUUUCCAAUGCAAUAUUUGUUCAAAGCGUUUUGUUCUUAAAAGAACUUUAGAAAAUCAUUCAAUUACACACCAAGACGAACGACCAUUUCUUUGUGAUCAAUGCAAUUUUAGUACUAAAUAUCAAUCUCAUUUAAUAUCUCAUAAACGAAUUCAGUUUAGUUUAUUUUUAUAUUUUAAAUCUUUUUUUAGUUCUGGUGAUUUAUAUCGAUGCCAUAUUCCUGAUUGUGAUUAUUCAUCACCAAAGAAAAGUCAACUUGCUGCCCAUUUAAGAACUCACUUAAAUGUUCGUUCACAUAAAUGUCGGACGUGUCACCGUUCUUUCAUUGAAAAGUCUCAUUUGGUAAGACAUGAACGUAUUCAUUUGGAAGAAAAACCAUUUAAAUGUCAAAAUUGUGAUUAUGCUUCGUCUAGACGAGACAAAUUAAAAGAACAUAUUAUUAAACACCACAAUAAUCAAGGAAAUAAUACUAAACUUUUGAAACGUAGAUAUCGCCGUGCUCGCCAAUUACAACAAUUAAUCGCACAGGGAAAGGUUAAAAACGUGAAAUUAUUUUUUAAGAAUUUUGAUUUUUUAAGUUAUUGCCAUCUACUGCUUCAUCAGAGCCUUCUACAUCAAAUCCUCAACAACCUUCACAAACUAACUUCUUUCGUCCUAUAA